CAGCCGACAGCGACAGUAGGAAAUGGCAAUGCGUUGCUGUGUGCCCUUCUGCAAAACCACUGCGGAGGUCGUCUCUGAAUCCGAGGAGAUUACAUUUCACGAGUUCCCCAGAGAAGUGCAUCUCCGUGCUGCUUGGCUCAGAGCCCUCGGCAAACAAGACACUCUCCUGCCAGAGCCUGCUGUGGUCUGCUCGCAGCAUUUUCUGAACGAUGACAUUUAUGAAACAGAGAGUGGCUCAAGGCGGAUUCGUACUGGUGCUGUCCCCUCACCAGUGCUGGUCUGCAUGAUAUGCCUGGACACUCGCAGCAAGCUGUUUCUGAUGAGUAAAUACCAGUUGGAAGAAGCAUAUAAACAUUUAGUGGGACAUCCUUUGUGUGGUCAAGGAAAGCUCAAACAAACGCUCUGUGUGCAAUGUGCCCAGAGACUGGUGAACUUUAGCGCAUUCAGAGACAAGAGCUUGAGAGCGCGCUCCCUGAUGAUGGAGCUACUUGACAGACAUGAAGUGAUAACUAUACGACAUGUCAAAUUGAUAAGCCGCGUAAAAUACCAACUACAGUCCGACAUUGUCUCGGCGGUGUCGGAGCCCGACUACUGCGAUGUGUACAUAGCACACUCCGACGCGGACGGACGGACAGAACUAGACGCGACUGCCGCAACUGACGAAGCAGUUGCAGUCAAACGGGAAGACGAGCCAGCCGCCGCCCAAACAGAGUUAUAUCCUUUCAGCCACAUGAUUCCCAAGCCGGAGUCGUCGGGGGACUGCGAGCAAGCUUCGGUCGCUCCUUCGGUACUCGCGACCAAUCACGGAAACGAAGAACAUCCGACUGAUACAGACGACGAGUUGGAUAUAUUGUCUUUCGAAAAUAAUACAAACAUUUUUGAAUAUUCAGGGAAAUCCCAGGACCCCUUACUAAAACUGAAGGAAUCGUUGGCGAAAAUAAGUGAUAAUAUCAAUUUGCGAACAGCGAGGCCAAAUGUUCUUUUAAAAAACGAACACAAUUCCCAGGAUAUAUCCAGUACACAGUUAGGAAACUAUACUGACCAGAUACAGUAUAUCUGUGACGUGUGCCAAAAGAUAUUUCAACAGAAAAGUUCCUUAGUUACCCACAUUAGGGUGCACACUUAUGCAAACACUUUCUCAUGUAAGUUAAGGGAGCGCAAAUUCACUCAAAGUAGUACGUCAUCGAGCCCCAGGAGGACUCACACUGGCGAUAAGCCUUUUGUGUGCAAGUUAUGUAAAUACAAAUUUGCACGAAAUGGUAGUUUAGUGCGUCACAUGAGGACUCACACUGGCGAUAAGCCUUUCGCUUGUAAGUUAUGUAAAUACAAAUGUACAGAAAAUGGUAAGUUAGUUAUUCAUAUGAGGACUCACACUGGCGAAAAGCCUUUUGUGUGUAAGUUGUGUGAUUAUAAAUGUACAGUAAACAGUAGUUUAGUGAAGCACAUGAGGACUCACACUGGCGAAAAGCCUUUCGUUUGUAAGAUGUGCAAUUAUAAAUGUGCAGUAAAUAGUGAUUUAGUGAAGCACAUGAGGACUCACACUGGCGAAAAGCCUUUCGUGUGUAAGUUGUGUGAUUAUAAAUGUACAGUAAACAGUAGUUUAGUGAGUCACAUGAGGACUCACACUGGCGAAAAGCCUUUCGCUUGUAAGUUAUGUAAAUACAAAUGUACAGAAAAUGGUAAGUUAGUUAUUCAUAUGAGGACUCACACUGGCGAAAAGCCUUUUGUGUGUAAGUUGUGUGAUUAUAAAUGUACAGUAAACAGUAGUUUAGUGAAGCACAUGAGGACUCACACUGGCGAAAAGCCUUUCGUUUGUAAGAUGUGCAAUUAUAAAUGUGCAGUAAAUAGUGAUUUAGUGAAGCACAUGAGGACUCACACUGGCGAAAAGCCUUUCGUGUGUAAGUUGUGUGAUUAUAAAUGUACAGUAAACAGUAGUUUAGUGAGUCACAUGAGGACUCACACUGGCGAAAAGCCUUUCGCUUGUAAGUUAUGUAAAUACAAAUGUACAGAAAAUGGUAAGUUAGUUAUUCAUAUGAGGACUCACACUGGCGAAAAGCCUUUUGUGUGUAAGUUGUGUGAUUAUAAAUGUACAGUAAACAGUAGUUUAGUGAAGCACAUGAGGACUCACACUGGCGAAAAGCCUUUCGUUUGUAAGAUGUGCAAUUAUAAAUGUGCAGUAAAUAGUGAUUUAGUGAAGCACAUGAGGACUCACACUGGCGAAAAGCCUUUCGUGUGUAAGUUGUGUGAUUAUAAAUGUACAGUAAACAGUAGUUUAGUGAGUCACAUGAGGACUCACACUGGCGAAAAGCCUUUCGCUUGUAAGUUAUGUAAAUACAAAUGUACAGAAAAUGGUAAGUUAGUUAUUCAUAUGAGGACUCACACUGGCGAAAAGCCUUUUGUGUGUAAGUUAUGUAAAUAUAAAUGUACAGAAAAUGGUAAGUUAGUGCGUCACAUGAGGACUCACACUGGCGAAAAGCCUUUCGUGUGUAAGUUGUGCAAUUAUAAAUUUACAGUAAACAGUAGUUUAGUGAGUCACAUGAGGACUCACACUGGCUAAGCGCCGCGGCUUUGGCUGGUCAGUAAUGCAAGGCCAGCUGUCGCUAAACUGCUAGUUCACUCCGAGCCUCCUGCGCAUGAAGCCGGCGCGGCGUGAGUUAGUGUAAGCAAACAUGAGUCGCCGCACCGGCCGCGGCCCUACGCCGCCGUUUUGUGUAUACUGUUGUAUGCCCACGUGAUAAAAUGGCGGCACCGACGCGGCGCCGGUAGCCACAUGUGUUUAAUAAUUAUAAUUUGUUAACGCUAACUGACGGUCCGCUCCGACUUCAUGUAAUCAUAUUUAUUUUGCAAAAUUGGGUAAAUAACAGUUAGUAGUGCAAUAGUUAUACACGAACACAACCUACUGCCGCAGACAGUGUGCAAAAAUAGUCUCAUUGAAUUAUUUUGUGUUAAGACUAUACCUAUUAAUUAGUCGAUACUAGAGCUAAUUUCUUAAACUGGACCCUUUCAAGUAAAGAUUUUUAUAUAGACCUGUGAGGAUGAUACUGCCAUUGUCGCGAU